GGUGGGGCCGCGCCGGGGCGACGACAACAAAGGGCGGCGGGCAGCGGGCGGCGGUGACCGCGUCUCCCGUGCUUCCUUCAGCGCGCGUCCCGGUUCCCGCCCGCCCAGCUCCAGAUGAAGUGUGAGCACUGCACGCGGAAGGAAUGUAGUAAAAAAACAAAAACCGAUGACCAAGAGAAUGCAUCAGUCGAUGUACUGAGUCCGGCCCAGGAGAAUGGAGAGAAAGGAGAAUUCCAUAAGUUGGCUGAUGCCAAGAUAUUUCUGAGCGACUGCCUGGCGUGUGACAGCUGUGUGACUGCAGAGGAAGGAGUCCAGGUUUCCCAGCAGAAUGCAAAGGACUUCUUCCGCGUUCUGAACCUUAAUAAGAAAUGCAAUACCUCAGAGCACAAGGUACUGGCGGUGUCGGUGUGUCCUCAGUCUCUGCCUUAUUUUGCUGCUAAGUUCAGCCUCAGUGUGACUGAUGCAUCCCGAAGACUCUGUGGCUUCCUCAAAAGUCUUGGGGUGCACUACGUCUUCAAUACAACAAUUGCCGCGGACUUCAGCAUCCUGGAGAGUCAGAGAGAGUUUGUGCGUCGCUACCACCAGCACAGCGAGGGGGAGCCGGCCUUACCCAUGCUGACCUCCGCCUGUCCCGGCUGGGUCCGGUAUGCGGAACGGGUAUUGGGGCACCCCGUCACCCCCCACCUCUGCACCGCCAAGUCUCCCCAGCAGAUCAUGGGCUCACUAGUGAAGGAUUACUUCGCCAGACGGCAGAACUUGUCCCCAGACAAGAUUUUCCAUGUCGUUGUGGCCCCUUGCUAUGACAAGAAACUGGAGGCUCUCCGAGAUGAUUUUCCUUCAGCUUUGCGAAGUUCACGGGGUGCUGACUGCGUAUUGACCUCAGGUGAAAUUGUCCAGAUAAUGGAGCAGAGUGACGUCUCAGUGAAGGAUGCUGCCGUGGACACUCUGUUUGGAGACUGCAAGGAGGAGGAGGUGAGACGCCACGGCGGAGCCAGCUCGGAUGGGUGCCUGGUACAUGUCUUCAGACACGCAGCCAAGGAGCUGUUCAACGAGGAUGUGGGGGAGGUCACCUACCGCACCCUAAGGAACAAAGACUUCCAGGAGGUCACCCUUGAAAAGAAUGGGGAGGUUCUGUUACGCUUUGCUGCUGCAUACGGCUUUCGAAACAUCCAGAAUGUGAUCCUGAAACUGAAGAAGGGCAAGUCCCCGUACCACUUUGUGGAGGUCCUCGCCUGUGCCGGGGGAUGCUUAAAUGGCAGAGGCCAAGCCCAGACCGAGGAUGGGCGCGCAGACAAGGCCCUGCUGCGGCAGAUGGAAGGUAUCUAUGCAGAUGUCCCCGUGCGGGCCCCGGAAGCCAGCGCCCGAGUGCAGGAGCUGUACCAGGAGUGGCUGGACGGAGCUGACUCCCCCAGGGUCCAGGAAGCCCUGCACACCACGUACCAGGGCCCGGGGCACCCCGCUAACAGCCGAGACAUCAAGUGGUGAAGGUCAAGAAGGCUGGGAGGCAGGCCCCGUCAGCUGCCCGAAGAGGGAGGAGCCACUGAGUGUGGGCAUCAGAGACUUGAUACCCACCUGAAGAAAACAGCUCGGCUUUUCUUCUGUUACUUGGUGUUUCAGAAUUCUCUGCUGUCCCCAUUGUUGGCAGCUCCCUCACUCAGCUUGAUGUGGUGCUAUCUUUAAAUAUGUGUGUGAUCGGAAUAUUUUAACAUGAGAGAAGGAUUUUCCCAGUUCGAGUAGCCUUUUAUCCUAAGACUGAAAAAAUCCCAAAGAGCAAGAAUGGAGACAGACUACUGUCUUUUAGGCUUAAAAAAAAUCCAAAAACUGUCCUGGAAGAGCUAAGACCCCAGAAGUUCUGAUUCACGUGCCUCAGAGAUUUGAUGUGGAAAUAAAGACAGGAAGCAGGCAGGCUGCGGGUUUGUGAGGCUGCAGUCCAUGUUCUGCCCGCUUGGCUCUUAUUUUUACCUACUUGUGUUGUUCUUGAAAAUGUUUUUGCCAGAACAUGUAUAACCUGCAAACUUUUGGAAUCAGGGGGCUCAUACAAAUCUGAAUUUCCAACUUUUCUUGAAAAAAAUCUGUUCUGGCAACAGUGGGCCACAUUCCUCACUGCUGGAGUGGCCAGAGUGCAGCAGCAGCCACCCCCCUGGGACCAGACCCUCUAACUUGGGGCCCUGUGGGCACUAGGGACUUCGGCCCCAAACUCGCACUUUGACGUUGUCUUUAAGUUGAACUCACCUCGGGGCGGGGGAGGCCCAACAAGGGUGAUGGGUAGUACAGAUGAAGGAUGGAGAAUGGAGAGGCAGGCCACCCACUCAGGCCAGGCUGUGUGAUCAGUCCCCACUGGGUGGGGCCAGGCAGGAGAAGGUGGGUAAGACAGCUUCCUGAUGGCCCAGCAUCCCCCCAGCUCCUUCCCGUGGUCCUUUGCCCUCACAGUGGGCCUAGUUGCCCAACUGGGCUCCGUGAAGCCCUCUGUGCUCUGUGAUGGGACCCUUCGCCCUGCUCAUACUGUUCGUGUGAGCUUGCCUUAAAGAAAGAAGAGAGCAGUUUGCCCACAAAUAGUUAAAUGGAAAGGGCUAGCAGAUGACCGGAAAGCUGCAGGAUCGUGGAACUCCCCUUCAGGGCUCAGCGUGUGAAAUGAAGCAUCUGUGAAUAGGCCUCGAGUGGGUUUUUCAAAGCACUUGGAUUUUGUUAUCAUGAGUGAUGACGCUCAUCUUGAACCCCUCGAUGCUGUAAAGCCUCAGCAUGUUAGGUUUCCUUCAUCGUAUCGUAUUGUACCUAUCUGGGUUGAUAACUGGAUAUAUUGUGUGAAAUUGUGUAUUUUUUGCUUUCAAUCUGUAUACACUUGUGUUUCCAUCCUCUGUGGUAACUGAUCAUGGAAUAAACAGUUGAAGAGUG